AACAGUUGGAAAGCUCUGAAUGGAGAGAGCGAGGUCGGGGUGACGCGGCCAGUGCGGAGAAGCAGCCGUUGGUGGGGCGCGGGGGAAGAGUGCUGCUGCAGGACUAGUGGCAACAAGCUGGGCCCAGCUCCACUCCCAUCAUGGAAGCCACCAUCAGCGCACUCAAAUGGUCCAAGAUGACUAAGAUGAGAAUGAGGGAAGAGGGGCGACUGAAAGUGCAACCCAAGAUCACCAGAACCGCUUUCGGCUACCUGUAUUCUGUGUCCGGCAUUUUGAAAGUCCUCAGGAUGUUAUUUGUCUUUGGAGCAUCCAUCGCCUUUAUAAUCGCAUCAGUCCAUGAAUCCUACAUAGCCAUCCUGCUACUGGAGAGCUGCAUAGUUCUGUCAUUCAUUAUAAUAUAUAUGUUAGGUCUACACCACUUGUUAGUGUUCAUAUUAUGGCCGGCAUUUGAUAUUUUGAACUGUAUACUUACUGCAGGUUUCCUUGUAGUUGUUGGCUUCCUGGUGUUGUGGGAAGAGGGAACAGACAAAUACGUUUUAGGUGGCGCGAUAUUAUUGUUAGUGUCAUAUUCCCUGCUGAAGCUAACCAAAACAGCCAGUGUGUUCAUUCCAGUGAUCUUAGUAUUAGAAUCCUCCUUCUUUUUUUUCUUCAUUUUUGCGUAUAUCCUGGCACUCCCAAAAUACUUGACAAAGUUGACCUGGCCCAUUUUUGACUUACUUAAUAACAUUUUUGCAUUUCUGUACCUUUCAUACGCCGGCUUCUACUCUCUCAUUCACCCACCAGACUCUAUAGAUGGGCUAUACUGGCAAAUAUGUGUAGUCAUACUUUUUGUGGCCCUCUUGUGUCUAAUAGAUGUCAUUUUACAAACCUGGCGGCUUAGCUUUCGAAAGUUAAAAUCUGGAAUUAGGAAGUCUAUCAGAAAGUGACUCGUCUCCUCCAACCAGGAGCCAGAGGACUCUGCACACUUAAAAUCUCAUAGAAAACACAGAUAUUUAUCUCUUCUCUUUUUACAAAGAACAUCUUUUCCUCUGAAAUCCCCAUUUUGCCAUGUUCAUGGCAAAAUGUUUUCCCUCCAAAAUAAAGAUUAUAUGGAAGUCUUUUUUUCA